AUGACCAUUUACGAGCAGCUCUGGGAAUUGUCUCGAGUCUCCGUGUUGGCUGGAAUGCACGGCUCUGGGCUCUGCAACAUCCUGCUCAUGAAGAAGGAUCGUCGUUCGCCCAGCUUUGUCCUGGAGAUCACGCCCUGGAACACAUUUGGCACACACGUGUUCUUCUCCAAUUUGGCCAACGCCAUGAACAUCCACUAUCGAACACUCCCCGUGACAAACAGAACCAAUGCACUGCUGCACACUCAUUUUCUACGACUGAAUGGAGAGGACCUUGAGAGUGUCCUCGAAAGCGGUUCCGAUACAGAGGGCUCGCAGUUCUUUGAAUUCUGGAUCAACCAAGACGUAAGGGUGGACCUCACGACAUCGACGCACAUCCUCCAAGAAUUCCUUCAUGCCAUCAAUCGAACGAGGCAGCACUACUGA